CUCUCCUUUUGAGUCUCCAAGAUGGAAUGCAGGGCUAUGAUGCGGCCUCUUCUGGCGACAUGUCGUCGGAAACCGGGGGCCCUGAUCACUCGUGCUGGUAUAAGAAGGGCAAGUGAUAACUGGGCAUCAGGCCCGGCACAAAAGCCUGCUUCCGACUUCGUUCACUUCCCCGGGGCGUUGAAGAGCCAAUUUACAUCUACCAUGAAAUUCCGGAACCCCACCGAGGAGACAGCCAUGCCGACAUAUCGAAUCAUGGAUGCAGACGGCAAUAUUGUAGACAACAGUCGAGACCCCCAAUCCGCAUCGGAUGAAGAAAUUCUUGGCUGGUACCACAAUAUGUUGACCGUCAGUAUUUUCGAUUUGAUCAUGUUUGACGCCCAACGCCAAGGUCGGGUCAGCUUUUACAUGGUCUCCGCUGGUGAGGAGGGCAUUGCCGUAGGCUCAGCAUCGGCAUUGACUCCAGACGAUGUUUGUUACUUGCAAUAUCGCGAGCAAGGCGUUAUGGUCCAGCGGGGUUUCACCCUGAAAGAAAUGAUGAACCAACUCUUUGCAAACAAAGACGACUAUGGCAAGGGUCGAAACAUGCCUGUUCACUAUGGAAGUGGAAAACUCAACGUUCAUACCAUCUCCAGCCCCCUAGCCACCCAAAUUCCUCAAGCUUCAGGAGCAGCGUAUGCCUUGAAGAUGCAACGACUGAUCAAUCCCAAUACUCCAGAGAGAGUAGUCGCCUGUUAUUUCGGAGAAGGGGCCGCAAGCGAAGGCGACUUUCACGCAGCCUUGAACAUAGCAGCCACAAAAGCCUGUCCUAUCGUGUUUGUGUGCCGGAACAACGGGUUUGCAAUUUCCACUGCAAGCAUCGAACAGUACAAAGGAGAUGGCAUUGCCAGCCGUGGCUUGGGUUAUGGCAUCGACACCAUUAGAGUUGAUGGGAAUGAUAUUUUUGCCGUUCGAGAGGUCAUGCGUGAAGCUCGAAAACGAGCGCUCGAGGGUGACUGCAAACCCGUUCUGGUCGAAGCCAUGAGCUACCGAGUUAGCCAUCACAGCACCAGUGACGACAGCUUUGCUUAUCGGGCCAAAAGAGAGGUGGAAGAAUGGAAGCGGCGCGACAACCCCAUCACUCGAUUACGGAAAUGGAUGGAGAACAAGGGCAUCUGGAAUGAAGAAAAGGAGACGGAAGCCCGAGCAGCGAUCCGUAAACAGGUCCUGCAAGAAUUUUCCGCCGCCGAGAAGCUCAAAAAGCCCGCAAUUCGCGAAAUGUUUGAGGAUGUCUAUGAGAAGAUGACCCCCGAGGCAAUGCAACAGAUGAAGGACUUGAAGCGCAUGAUUGAAAAGUACCCGAAAGAGUAUGAUGUGGCUAUGUACGAAGGUGGCGUCAAGAGCCUCGAUUGAGGGGGCUAUUGUUGCAGGAUAUGAGCAUUCGGAAUGCAACGUCUUUGGGCGUACAACUUUCUCGAUCUGGAUGGCACGCUCUAAAUCAUCAUCAAGCCGCCUGCUGACAAUUGGUCUUGCAGGAAUACAGAUGAAUAGGUCAACGACCCUAUGGGCGAGUUUUGUCACUGGAACGAGAUCUAAAAGUUCGUCGUGUAAUUAUGACGGCAAAAGGAAAUUCGGAGCGCCAGCCGCUUUAUCUUAUCAAAGAUCUUUGAUAGCUACACUCAGUUAAUAGAACAGGACUCCAUGCUAAACAUUGAG